AUGGCACAAGCAACAUUUACGCUGUAUGGCGAGAAAAUUGAGUCGUUUAGGCUCUUAAGUGGCCACAUCAUCCCUGCCGUUGGAUUGGGAACUUGGAGAUCUGGCUCUCAAGCCUCCAACUCUGUCUUCACUGCAAUUGUGGAGGCUGGUUACAGACAUGUAGAUACAGCUGCAGAGUAUGGAGUUGAAGGAGAGGUGGGGCAUGGAAUAAAGGCAGCAAUUCAUGCGGGUGUUGAAAGAAGGCAUCUCUUCGUAACAUCUAAACUCUGGUAUAUGUGUGUGUGUGUGUCAUGUAGGUCUUCGGGCUUUUCUCCAGAAAGGGUACGGUCUGCAUUGAAAAAUACCCUUCAAGAGCUUCAGCUCGACUAUCUUGAUCUUUAUUUGAUCCACUGGCCAUUCCGGCUUAAAGAAGGAGCCAGCAGGCCUCCCAAAGCAGGGGAUGUUCUGGACUGUGACAUGGAGGGAGUAUGGGGAGAGAUGGAGAAGCUUGUUGAGGAAAACCUUGUGAGAGAUAUUGGGGUAUGCAAUUUUACCAUGAAGAAGCUGAAUAAGUUACUGGGUUUUGCUCAAACUAUGCCUUCAGUGUGCCAGAUGGAAAUGCAUCCUGGAUGGAGAAAUGAUAAGAUCCUUGAAUUUUGCAAGAUGAAUGGCAUCCAUGUGACUGCAAAUUCACCACUGGGAUCAUCGGAGGGGGGCAGAGAUCUCAUCCAUGAGCCAACUGUUGAAGCCAUAGCAACGAAGCUGAACAAGAGCCCAGGGCAGAUACUGGUAAAGUGGGGUAUGCAGAGAGGGACUAGUGUCAUUCCCAAAUCAAUUCAUCCUGACAGAAUCAAGGAAAACAUGAGGGUGUUUGGCUGGGAAAUCCCAGAAGAAGAUUUCCAAGCUCUUUCCAGCAUUCCACAACAGAAACGAGUGUUGGAUGGUGAAGAGCUGUUUGUUAACAAGGAUGCUGGACCAUUCAGAAGUGUCGCUGAUUUAUGGGACGACGAGGACUAG